UCGUUUUUUUUUUUAAUUAAUUCUGAACAUGUGCUAUAAGUUAUGGAUAGCUUUGAAAGUUUGGAUGUUCCAUCAAAUUUUUUUUUAAUAUUUUUUUAAACUCUACAGGAUUUUUUUGCGUUUCGCAAAAGUAGUGUUGCUGCGAGUGGAAAGACAGCUCUCCAAGCUUAUUUGGAUGAACCUGCGCUAGAUAUGGAUAGCUUUGAAAGUUUGGAUAUUCUUGACUGGUGGAAAGAUAAUACUCACAGGUUUGGUGAUUUGCCAGCAAUGGCUUGUGAUCUACUUAGCAUUCCGAUCACAACAGUGGCUUCAGAAUCCUCUUUUAGCAUCGGUUCGAGAGUUCUGAACAAAUACAGGAGCCGUCUACUUCCCAAAAAUGUGCAAGCUCUGAUAUGUAGUAGGAAUUGGCUAAAAGGAUUCGAAGCUUAUGAACAUGAAGGUGAAAUAGUUGGUGAAGAAGAGACAGUACCAUGGUCUGAUGAUGAAGUUGAAGAAGAAGAAACUUGAUUUUUAUUUUGCUCUGGUGUUUUUAUUUUAUUUACAUUAUGGAUUUCGUGGCGCUCUUUUUCCCUUGUCGGGUUUUGUCCCAAUGGAUUUUCCCGAUAAGGUUUUUACCGAGGCCACAUUACAUUAGUUGGAUAUUGUUUUGGUAUUCAUUUACAUUA